CGUGCACAGACAGAGAGAAAGAUUAUACAGCAGAUAUCCGGGCGCAGAGAUGGACUGAUUGUCUCGUGACUGUAAAGGCGUUUAGUUUUAGUUGCUGUCAUGUCUAAAGCCUCUUAGCGCCAACUUCCCGGACCCCCUCCAUAAAGUCAUUUUUCCCUCUGCCAGCUGAAUGAAGUCUCGCAUGGAGAAGGGACCGGUGGCGCACGGAGCUGUGACUCAUUCACUUCUCUUUCCACACGAAGACGGAGAAAGAGGCUUGGAUUUAAUUAGCCAUGUUUUUCCAGCCCUCUGCUCAGUGAUUGCACAUUUGCGCUUGUAUUAAUCGUCUUCCCCUCUCCCUUCCCCUCUCCUUCGCUCGCUCUCCCUCUCUUUGGAGUCAGGAGGGAUGAUUAUGCGCCCCUGGGAGGCAGACACAACAGCCGAACGAGACAUCUCUGCGCUUCCGUGGAGUUCUUCCGACCAAAAAGAAUGUCACCUACUUCGGCGGGUCUUCGGUGUGAAUGAAGUGUUGCUUUUGAGGGAGGAUGUCUUUUACGUUACCUUCGCCUUCUCUUUUGGCGUAACUGCGAGUUAAAGGUGUGAAGAGACGCUUUUGUUUGACGGUCAUGCAGCGCUUCUUCUUCUCGCUCCAACCGCAUUCAGCACAAAAGGACACAAUUAGGGAAGUUUUUUUGCGGAGUGAAUUCGCCGGGUGUUCGUGAUUUUUCGUUGGAUGCGGGGCUGCACUGUUCAACAAGCUGCGCCGCUCGCUCCUGGAUGCACUAUGCAGAAGGAUGGGCGCAGUUUGCCUUCUUCUCCUUCUCGCUUCAUCAGUCCAGCUUGUUGAAUCUCCUUCAUGGUGAAAAUGAUGGACUCGCUGAAAUAAACUUACCAUCUUUUUCCUCCUUUUUUAUGUUCCGUUUUUAAGCACCAGCGGGUUGCAUCCCAAAAGUUGACUAUGGCUCGACCAGGUUUACGCACGAGCCUGAGACCUGUAUGGAGGGUGCUUUGCUUCGUGAGUACUGUGCUAGAUUUUACGCUCCCCCAGGAAACGUAUGGGCCCCAUUCAAUCCGGACUCAGGGCCACUUGACCCUCGGAGGACUGUUCCCGGUGCACUCGAGAGGGGUUGACGGGACGCCGUGCGGGGACCUCAAAAAGGAGAACGGCAUCCAGCGGCUGGAGGCCAUGAUGUACGCUUUGGACCAAAUCAACCAAGACGAGCAACUCUUACCCAACAUCACCUUAGGCGCUCGGGUGCUGGACACAUGUUCAAGGGAUACAUAUGCUCUGGAGCAAUCUUUAACUUUCGUGCAGGCCCUGAUCACCAAGGACACCUCUGACGUGAAGUGCACUAAUGGGGAGCCCCCGGUGUUUGUCAAGCCUGAGAAAGUGGUGGGGGUCAUCGGAGCUUCUGCGAGUUCAGUAUCAAUCAUGGUCGCCAACAUUCUGCGCCUUUUUCAGAUUCCACAGAUCAGCUACGCAUCAACAGCCCCUGAGUUGAGUGACGACAGACGCUAUGACUUCUUCUCACGAGUGGUUCCUCCAGACUCAUUCCAGGCUCAAGCUAUGGUGGACAUCAUUCGAGCUUUGGACUGGACUUAUGUGUCCACAGUGGCCUCGGAAGGCAGUUACGGGGAAAAGGGAGUGGAGGCUUUUACUCAACUCUCCAAGGAAGCAGGUGGGAUCUGCAUUGCCCAGUCUUUGAAGAUCCCACACAACCCCAAAAUGGAGGACUACGACAAAACCAUCCAACAGCUGCUGGAAACGCACCACUCGCGGGCAGUCAUCAUCUUUGCCAACGAAGAGGACAUACGGGGAGUUCUCAAUGCCACCAAAAGGGCCAAUCAGGUGGGCCAUUUCCUUUGGAUCGGAUCUGACAGCUGGGGCUCUAAGAGCAGCCCAAUCCACCAGCUUGAGGAUGUAGCUGUGGGAGCAGUGACAAUCCUGCCCAAACGCUCAUCCAUUAAAGGAUUUGACGAGUACUUCACCGGUCUCACUCUGGAGAACAACCGCAGGAACGUGUGGUUUGCUGAGUUUUGGGAGGAAAACUUUGACUGCAGACUGCUCAGUGCCUCAAAGAGAGAGGACAGCAGCCGCAAAUGCACAGGCCAGGAGCGCAUCGGGAUCGACUCCAAGUAUGAACAGGAAGGGAAAGUACAGUUUGUGAUUGACGCUGUGUAUGCGAUGGCCCACGCCCUGCAUGACAUGCAGAGGGACUUGUGUCCAGAGCAUCCUGGCGUGUGUCCACAAAUGGAGUCUGCAGAUGGAAAGACUCUGCUGAAGUACAUACGCAACGCCAGCUUCAACGGCAGUGCUGGAACAUCUGUUGUGUUUAACAAAAAUGGGGAUGCUCCAGGACGAUAUGACCUGUUCCAGUUCCAGAUGACCAACUCUUCCACCCCAGAAUACAAAGCUGUGGGACAGUGGGUUGAAAACCUUCAGCUUAAGCUGGACGAGCUUCAGUGGCCAGAUGGGGAUCAGGAGGUGCCCAUAUCUGUGUGCAGUCUGCCCUGCAAAACUGGAGAGAGGAAGAAGAAAGUAAAGGGCAUGCCAUGCUGCUGGCACUGUGAGCUAUGUGAUGGCUACCAGUAUCAGUACGAUGAGACGUCCUGCAGAUUGUGCGCCUACAACAUGAGGCCCAAUUCCAACAGAACCUCCUGCCAGCCCAUACCCAUCAUCAAGCUGGAGUGGCAUUCUCCUUGGGCGAUCAUUCCUGUCUUCCUGGCCAUGCUUGGUAUCAUUGCCACUAUCUUUGUGAUGGCAACUUUUGUGCGCUACAAUGACACACCGAUCGUCCGAGCAUCGGGGAGAGAGCUGAGCUAUGUCCUGCUAACUGGCAUCUUCCUGUGCUACAUCAUCACGUUCCUCAUGAUUGCCAAACCUGAUGUUGCCGUGUGUGCCUUCCGGAGGAUUUUCCUGGGCCUGGGCAUGUGCAUCAGUUACGCAGCUCUGCUCACCAAGACCAACCGCAUCUAUCGGAUUUUCGAACAGGGGAAGCAGACAGUGACAGCUCCUCGCUUUAUCAGUCCCACCUCACAGAUCGCCAUCACAUCCAGUCUAAUCUGUGUUCAGCUGCUGGGGGUGUUGGUGUGGUUUGCUGUUGACCCACCAAACACAAUUAUUGACUACGAUGAGCAGAAAACCAUAAACCCCAAGCUGGCCCGUGGUGUGCUUAAGUGCGACAUCACAGACUUGCAAAUGAUUUGCUCGUUGGGUUACAGCAUCCUUCUGAUGGUGACAUGUACCAUUUAUGCUAUCAAGACAAGGGAUGUACCAGAAGACUUCAAUGAAGCCAAGCCCAUUGGCUUCACUAUGUACACCACUUGUAUAGUGUGGCUGGCCUUCAUCCCAAUUUUCUUUGGCACAGCACAAUCUGCAGAAAAGUUGUACAUUCAGACAACCACCUUAACCAUCUCCAUGAACCUCAGUGCCUCAGUUGCACUGGGCAUGCUCUACAUGCCCAAGGUGUACAUCAUUAUUUUCCACCCUGAGCUGAACGUACAGAAGAGGAAGCGCAGCUUCAAGGCUGUGGUCACUGCUGCCACAAUGUCAUCCCGGCUGUCCCAAAAGCCCAGCGAGAGGCCCAACGGGGAGGCGAGGACUGAGCUGUGCGAGAAUCCUGCUGCAGACCCAAUGAGUCAAGCAACAAAGAAAACAUACAAGAAAACUGCAACAGAACGCAUGAAGGCAGAGAGCUGAUAUUCCUGCAGUACCGAUGCAUUCCAGUGCUGUGGAAGACAUCCCAUCAUCAGACGAACAUGAUCCAUGAGGCCUGACAGAAGCUGGCGGCGGUCCGGGCCUGUGUGUCUGCGUCGUCGGCCCUGAGAAACAAACUGCAGGUUGUGAACUUGUGUUGUGGUCCUUUUAUCUGUCCCUGACACGGAAUGGCUUUCCUCCUGAGAGGGGGUCAUUGUGGAGGAGGACAAAAAACGAACAAUGGAUCUGCUUUGAGAUAGUUUUCUUUAAAAAUGCCAUUAAAGCCAUAUUCUCUUGAGGUUUGCAUUUUCAGAUUUCUGUCUUACAUUGUUUUCAGUGUUCUUCUUCUGUGCCUCUUUUCUUGAUGUUUAUUUAAUUACCUUAAAACAGCAUUCUCUGCCACAUGCAGUAUUUGGAUUUUUUUUAACUCAGAUCAGUCCCAGAUGAUUAUUUCAUUUGUGUGAUAGGUAUUGUAUGUAUAUUUUUUGUAAAUAUUUGAGAGUAUUUUCAUGUUUGGAGUAAACACAAAAAAGUAGAUAUCUGCUCUUUAUUCAGUUGGAUUUGGAUGACAAUGAAAAGCACCACAAAGUGUUCACUUUGCAUGUGCCAAUGUAUGUCUGUUAUAUUUGAUGUAAACUGAAAAAAAAGAACAAAUAAACUCUGGAAACGACGUCGAGCUCCAACAUACCUGUAGUUUGUUAAUUUCUACCAAAAAAGAAUGAUGUUGAAUAGGUGAAAGCAUGUUUGUUUGACAGAGUUUUGUACCAGCUAUUUUGAACGGUUAUGUUAAGGGAAACAAUGUCAGAGGAAUCAUGCAAGUAUGUUGUGAUGUCUGUCAAAGCAUGAACAUUAAAUAAAACUGUUUUGUUAUCUUUUA